AUGGGGCACGGUCUGGAUCCAAACAUAGUAAAGUCUGACCCCGUAAGGUACUUGCUCACAAGAUCGGUGCUAUCCGGACGUCUUGCACGUUGGCUAUUGCAGCUGUCCGAAUUUGACAUCACAUGCACAACUUCUAGGCCCAUUAAAGGACAAGCCGUGAUUGACAUGCUGGCUCUAUUUCUCGAGAUAAAAGAAUCAAUGCUCUCCGAAGAGGUUCUGGGAAAGCUGCUGGAAAUGGUGGCUGUUGUUACGGAGGAAGAACCAUGGACCCUCUACUUCGAUGGUUCUUCUACAUCGAAUGGUGGAGAAGCAGGUGUGGUACUCAUUAAUCCCCAGGGGCAAGCUAUGGCCCUCUCAUUCAAGCUAAAUUUCUCAUGCACAAAUAAUACGGCGGAGUAUGAGGCUUUCAUUAUGGGAAUGUCUAUAGCAAGGGAGAUGGGUGUAGAGAAAAUUAGAAUUAUUGGGGACUCAAACCUGGUGCUGAGUCAGUUACAAGGGAAUUUUGCUGUGAGGGAGGCAACAUUGGCACCAUAUCGUACGGCUGCUAAAAGGCUUGUUAGUUCUUUCAAACAAAUUGUGUUGGAACAUAUUCCGGGGGUUACUAAUAGAUACGCUGAUGCUUUGGCUACUUUGGGGUCGAAGCUCUCGUUUGUUGAAGAACAACCCAACAUUACUGUGAUAAAAAAAAGUUGUGCCCGUAGUCGAAACGAUGACUCAAGAGGAGCUGCUGGAAGAAAGCGACUGGAGGAAACUCGUGAAGGAGAAGAUAGGCAAGGGAAGUGA